UAGUUACCAGCGUAAACAGCGAUAGCCGAUAGCGAUAGCUCGAUCACCCAUGGAUCAAGCGCGCGGCGGGAGUCGCGGCCGCCCAUCGCUGGUUUAUCGCGCGUUUCCGAUUACGGCGGGCGGCGGUCUGUCCCGCGUAAGUGCGUAAUCCGCCCGUAGUAUCGGAGCGCGUGGGCUCCAGCCAACGCGCGGUGAGUGAACGACGACGUCGGGUGGCUGGGCGCUGCCGCGUGACAGCAAACCUUUCGCUCCUCGCUCGGACGCGACUGGAAAAACGGCGUCCGUCCUGGCGAUUCCGCUCCGCGUGUAUUUACACCCGCGCGCGAUCGUCCACGAUUUAUUUGCCGAGCUCGUCGUCGCGUCCCACGCGCGGGGAUCAAAUUACUCGCACCGCCCUUAUGGCAGAGCCUCUCGGUUGUCGCGGUCGAGCGAGAGGAGAGAGAAUCUAAGCGAGAUCUGUAUGGGAUUGUAGAGUAUUGACCGGUGCUCUUCUCUGUCGACAGGAAUGUCUGAGAAUACUCGUAGCAAGGAGCAGUGGCAGCUCCUCCACAGUCUUCGGUCCACUGUGGAGGGUCUGCUGAUCGACGGGGUGUCCAACGUGUGGAACGUAUACGGCGGCCUGAACCGGCUGCACAGCGUGAUGGAGCGGAUAUUCAAGCACGGCUGUCGUAUAUUUGAUCCCAAUGGUGAACCAGAUUGCUGGAUAUUUAUUCAAGGACUCAAUUGGCUUCAACCAUCGUUGGCGACGUCACCGGUGUUGUUGGAAAACGAGGAUUACUUAUGCAAUUUGCCCAGUAGAAUAACGUCCAAGAAGGACAUGUUGUGGCUGUACAAAAGUUUAGAGGGUCACUCGCUAUCGCAUAAGUUGUCGUGGCUUCUAUCAGAUAAGGAACACUUGCUUUCCUGCCUGGAACCAUGGGCCUACCUUUGUCAAGAGAAUAUGGCAGAGGCGACGCUUUUGUAUCUACGAGCAGUCGAGAGGAAUCAGCCUGUGCUGCUCGCGGAGAUCGAUCCUUGCUUGUUUUUACCGACGUGGAUAUCCCCCAAGACGAGCCCCAGGCGACAUCGUCGCUCGUCCUCGUAUCCGGUAAAUUUCUCCGGUGUCAAUCAUAUUUUCGCGCGUGACAAGAGCCUAAGUGUUCACACCAAGUGCCAAUUGGACGAGCUGAGGGUCUCGACACGGUCGAUGUUGCGCGACACGGACAGCACCGAGAAUCAGAUGUCGAAAUCUAUACAAGUUAUCGCUGACAAUGAGGCGCAGGGGGAUUCCAAGAAUGACGACGUACCUCUGAAAACGUGGAACAGUCUGCCCGCUCUGGUAAAGAGCCAUGGCGGCGCAGUCGCGGGAAGCUCAGUCGCAACUUCGCCGACAAUCCAAGAAGUCAGCAACGGCAGCAACGGCAACAACAGCAAUAACCGACCUCGUACUAUUGAAUUGGCGGAGAUCAUCAAUGUCAAUUACUCGGAUUCGAAACAGCCCGUUGAUCCCAGCAUGGACAAGCUCGCGGCGAAGCCGAAGACGUCCGCGAGGAAGGUGAGAAAUCGAACGAAGGCUAGACAUAGUCGAAAUAAAAGAGUCUCUGAGAAUCUGGAAGCUUCGUCGAGCGUUCACGAGACGGCCGAGAACACGGUGGAGGAGACGCGGCCGAUCGCGAUCGCAGAAUCGACGGAGACGAAGGUGCUGGAGCAGUGGGCGGCGCGCAAGAAGACGUCCUUCUUGGUAGGCUCGGCGCCCGAAUUCACGGGUUCGUGGAGCUCCGAAGUGGAGGGCCAGAAGGACAUUCGUACGCCGCGGAAAAGCUUCAUGGAGGACGGCGGCAGUAGCGUGCAGCCAAUGGCGACUGGUUACUUCCCGCGUCCGGCCGAGGGCCAGAGUUUAACCAGUUUCCUCUCCUCGGCGCGGUUCUCGCGCGCCCACGACGCUGAGCUGGACCGCGAGAACGCACACUUCAGCGUCUGCGAGGCGAUGAUCGCCGCCAUCGAGCAGGUCAAGUGCAACCGGCUGCAGCGGCGUCUGCUGGACGACGCGGCCGACGACGAGAGUGACGAGGAGAUCAACCGGCUGAAGCAACGAAUCCGGCUGCGACGCCGGCAACGCCAGGAGGAGAAGUGCCGGGGCAGAGGCUGGAGUCGCGGCGACCUGCUGAGCGACGGCAGGACCGACACGACCACGACCACCGAUCAGAGCGUCAGCCCGUUGUCCACGUCUUCGGACACCUCCUCGGACAGCGUGUCCACGGAGGACUCCGAGCUGGACGACGAGCGGAGGUUGCGGAACGGCGGUAUGUCCGCGUCGACCGCGUCACUGUUCUCGGACGCGGAGUCGCGUGCGGCGAGGUUCGCCACGGACUCCAAUGUGAGCGAGAGCAGCGUGUCUGCCGAGGGGGUGGCUCUGUCCCUCAUCAGUCGUUUCAGCGAGAAGCAGCUGCCGCGGGCGAGCGAGCUGCAGUGGCUGGUCUCUGAGAAGGACGCACCGCAACGCUUACUGCCGAUGCCGAAGAGCUGGCCGGUCAGUCCCGACGAGGUCGAAGUUGAAGACGCGCGGACUAUUCCGUUGAGGGGGACAGUCGAGUGGGCUCCGCCGCGCCCGCAGAUCAUUUUCACGCCUCAUCCACCACCGGUAAGACGGACGAUGAUAGCGAAGCAGAAUUAUAGGUGCGCGGGUUGUGGCAUGAAGGUCGCCGUGAAAUAUGCCAAUCGGUUUCGGUACUGCGAGUAUCUGGGUCGAUACUUCUGCACGGGCUGUCACACAAGCCAGGUGGCAUUUAUACCUGGGAAAAUUCUGUCGAAAUGGGAUUUCAAUCGGUAUCCCGUGUCCAACUUCUCAUAUCGAUUACUGGACCAGAUGAUGUCGGACCCGCUGUUUCAAGUGAACGACUUGAAUCCGCUGUUGUACAGACGAAUAAAGCAACUGGACAAAACGAGACUCGUGCGCACAAAGUUAUUCUUUCUGAAGGAUUUUUUAUUCACAUGUCGAUUCGCGACCAGUCUUCAAGACGUGUUGAAGAAAGAGCCAAACUACAUCAUAAACGAUCCACAUGUGUACUCAAUCCAAGACCUAAUAAAUGUCAAACUCGGUGUGCUGUUUGCCAGGCUGCAGGAGCUCGUUCAAAUUUGUUGCACACACAUUGUAGAUUGCGAGUUGUGUCAAGCUAGAGGAUUCGUUUGCGAGCUGUGUUGUUCCAAGGACGUGAUAUUUCCGUGGGAUCUUUCGAAAGUGAUACGAUGUGAAAAAUGCGGCGCGUGCUUCCACAUCGAUUGCAAGCAUACCUCUGACAAGCUGGAGUGCCCUCGAUGCGUGAGGUUGCACGCCAGACGGAUUUCGAGAGACGAGAAGCCCUGACGAAUGACGAGGGCGUUGUUUGUCACGCUGUUCAGAAUGGAAUAUGUAUAUUAAGUAUGAUGAGCCAUUCAAGUUCAGAAGACAUCUUAUAAGAUUUCUGUUGGGCAAUAAAGAAAUUCUAAGGAAUAUUUCAGCUUUACAGAUGUCUUUUGAACUGUUGUAUAUUGUCUGAGAUAUUGUUACUAAUAUACUGUGAGAUGUAUUCAACGAUACGUUUUCAAAAGAUUGAUAAGAAUCUCUUGAAUACGGUAUUUAGACAAUUCGUUAGAAUACUCAAGGAUUAGAUCGACCAAGGCUAGCAGUUUUAUUUUAGUUUAAAUUUUACCACGACGUUUCGGCCAGUAAUACUGGUCCUUUUCAAGUGGAUCCUAUUGCUUGUGACAACGAAGCAUCUACAAAUCAAUAUCUUAGUCAAAAUAUAAAACGGUAAUAACUUGUAAAAUGUAAAACUAUAAAAUAUAAAAAUAUAAAGCGGUAAUA